AUGCAAUUCCUCAAAUUUCUGGUCCUUUCAACGGGACUAAUCUUCCGUACCGUCUCCUCAGAAUCAUCAAAAUGCCCCAACAUCUCUCCUGGCCCAGCAUCUUCAUUUCAACUCGCAGAACUGCUCCCCAUAUCCCCUCUCACAGAUCCUAUUGCUACAGAAAUUAUCCGUAACACAUUAUCUCUAUAUGCAUUUGCCAUUGACGGACGAAAUUGGCAAGCAUUCUCCCGUGUCUUUACCCCAGACGCCCGAGCGAACUACUCAGAGCCCCUCCCUGUUCUCUACGGAUUGAAAAAUAUCACCGAUGCUGUUGCAGCCCAGGUAAUUCAAUUCACGGGGACGCAUCAUAGAUACGGUACUCAGUAUAUAGCAAUAUGUUCGCCUACCUCAGCGAUUUCCAUAACGUAUCUUGAAGCUAGCCAUUUUCUCUUACCGCAUACGUCGCCGGUUAUAGAAGAUGAUAGUCAUACCCUGUUUGUGACGGGCAGGUAUGAAGAUACGUGGAAGAAGGCGAACGGAAAUUGGAAGAUUGUGAAUCGAAAUUUGGUUUUUAUAGGACCGUUCAUCUUGGAUACCGCGUAG